CCAUCUUAUUUUCUUUUGUAGUUUCUUGCAUUUUUUUUUGGAACUGCACAUCGAACCUUGGAACCAUGAGCAACUACAGUGUGUCGUUGGUCGGCCCAGCCCCUUGGGGCUUCCGUCUCCAAGGGGGCAAGGAUUUCAACAUGCCCCUGACAAUCUCUAGUCUGAAAGAUGGUGGCAAGGCAUCACAGGCGCAUGUGAGAAUAGGCGAUGUAGUCCUCAGCAUUGAUGGAAUUAGUGCACAUGGGAUGACUCAUCUUGAAGCCCAGAACAAGAUUAAGGGCUGUACAGGCUCUUUGAAUAUGACUCUGCAAAGAGCAUCCGCUGCAGCCAAACCUGAGCCUGUUGCUGUUCAGAAGGGUGAACCUAAAGAAGUAGUUAAACCUGUGCCCAUUACAUCUCCUGCUGUAUCCAAAGUCACUUCCACAACCAACACGGCCUACAAUAAAGCUCCUCGGCCCUUUGGUUCUGUGUCUUCACCAAAAGUCACAUCCAUCCCAUCACCAUCGUCAGCCUUCACCCCAGCCCAUGCCACCACUUCAUCACAUGCUUCCCCUCCACCUGUGGCUGCUGUCACUCCUCCCCCAUUCUCUGCAUCCGGACUGCAUGUUAAUGCCAAUCUUAGCGCUGACCAGUGUUCAUCUACACUGAACACUGGUAAAUCUGCAGUUAAUGUCCCACGGCAGCCCACAGUCACCAGCGUGUGUUCCGAGCCUGCUCAAGAGCUAGCAGAGGGACAGAGAAGAGGAUCCCAGGGUGACAUUAAACAGCAAAAUGGUAACCCUGGCACUGUGAAAAUUCCACCAAAACGCCCGCCAAGAAAACACAUUGUGGAGCGCAACACGGAGUUUUAUCACAUCCCUACCCACAGUGAUGCCAGCAAGAAGAGGCUGAUUGAGGACACUGAAGACUGGCGCCCGCGGACUGGAACCACCCAGUCUCGUUCCUUCCGGAUCCUUGCCCAGAUCACUGGGACUGAGCAUCUGAAAGAAUCUGAAAAUGAUAAUACAAAGAAGGCAAAUAGCACUCCGGAGCCUUCUCAGCAGUCAGCGGCACCCGGAGCUUCACCUCUGAGCAAGUCUGGGAGCCUAGAGAGCCCAGGUUCAAGCAGGCCGGACGUGGCUGGCCUCAAGACGGCGGCUGCCUUCAAGCCUGUAGGAUCCACCAGCGCUGUCAAGUCACCAAGCUGGCAGCGUUCAAACCAAGCAGCACCUUCUACAGCAAGAAUUACAAACAGUGUGACUUCUUCAAGUACCGGGGUACCUGCGAAUUCAGCUGCAGGGCCGCCCCAGCCAAGUGACCAAGACACACUGGUGCAGCGAGCCGAGCACAUUCCAGCAGGGAAGCGAACUCCCAUGUGUGCCCACUGCAAUCAAGUCAUCAGGGGUCCUUUCCUUGUGGCUCUGGGGAAGUCUUGGCACCCAGAAGAAUUUAACUGUGCUCACUGCAAAAACACGAUGGCCUACAUUGGGUUUGUUGAGGAGAAGGGAGCACUGUAUUGCGAGCUUUGUUACGAGAAGUUCUUUGCUCCUGAAUGUGGCCGGUGCCAGAGGAAGAUCCUCGGGGAAGUCAUCAAUGCUUUGAAACAAACCUGGCACGUGUCCUGUUUUGUGUGUGUGGCCUGCGGAAAACCCAUUCGAAACAAUGUUUUCCACUUGGAAGAUGGAGAGCCAUACUGUGAGACUGAUUAUUAUGCUCUAUUUGGAACCAUAUGCCGUGGAUGUGAAUUCCCCAUAGAAGCUGGCGACAUGUUCCUUGAAGCUCUGGGCUACACCUGGCAUGAUACUUGCUUUGUAUGCUCGGUGUGUUGUGAAAGUUUGGAAGGUCAGACAUUUUUCUCCAAGAAGGACAAGCCUCUUUGCAAAAAACAUGCCCAUUCUGUGAAUUUUUGAAAAUCAACAGUUCCAGAAAGAGAAGAAAUCUGAAGAAAAGGGGGGAAAUUAAAAUUAUCAUUUAAUUUUUAGUUUUAAUAUUUAUAUGGAGUUCUAAAAUAAUAAUAACUCUGAAUGGAUAAACUCCAACAUUAAAAACCCAGUCUGUGAGAAAAUGUUUGGCUUCAGAAAGUCACAGACAGUUUGGGGUUUAUUAUGACUAGCCUGUAUUUUCUGCCCAUGAAGUAGCCUUUAUAAAAAUCAAUUUCCUGACUACCAAACUCAUCUUGGAAUAAAUUAGCAAAGGAUUACAUUUUAGAAUUAAAAACUCUAGCCUCUAUGCUGAAGUGAUACUUUCUUUCCUUGUAGCUAUGAGAAUCCCCAGAGGGCAAUAUAAGUGCCUUAGACUUUAUUAAUAAGAAUAAUUGUUUUAAUAAACUCAUUUUAUCUUUAAAAUAGUAAGUAGGAGUUUAAAUAAACUUUAUGAGUAGGACCAUGCUAUCUUUUUUUAAAAUUUUUUAAAUUUUUUUUCUUUUUUUUUAGUCUGUGUGCAUGCUUUGGUCUUAUCAUUGGUCCUCUUAGUAAGACAGCCCAAUUGAUCGUAGUUUGUUAUGCAAUAAGAGAUGCUGUAUUCUCCUGUGUUCUUCCUAAGACUGCCAUGUUGCAUGUUGCUUACAGGUCACAGAUGCUGAUCUCUUCAGAUAGGGCAGUUUGUUUGCACUGUGGGUGGCUCAUCACCUGGGCUAGGCUGCAGUGUUUCUCCUCUCUUAUGCUGACGUGAAGAGAGUUCAGUAGUGCUUAGACUAAUAGUUUUCUCUCUCUUUUUAACGAGAAUAGGUAGAAGAUAAAGGAGCUAGAAAUUGGGAAAAUAAAGCAAUUGAGAAGUAAAAAAGAAUCACUUGCUCCUUUCAGAUAAUGAACUGAUUAGUGUUUACAGUUGUGUCACUGACUGAAUGACAAUGUGGAAACUCUUUGCCUGGUAAUUUUUUCAAUUGAGGAUUAGGAUAAGACACAAGUUAUUGUUGUUACUGUUUGUUUGUUUGCUUUUCGGUUUUGUUUUUUGUUUUUUUGUUUGUUUGUUUUGUUUUUGCUUAUUUGGGGUUGUUCUGGAAUUUUGUUUGUUUGUCUGGGAUUUUUUCCUAUCAGUAGGAAGUAAAUUCCCUCUCAUUGUGUGAUCAUGGAGUUAGGCAACUUUUAUUCUCUGCCGUUUGGAAGGACAGGGAACCAUGAUCCAUUGCUCACAUUGUCCUGUCGUGUGUUCUCCUUGAUUGGGCAGAGCAUUGUAGUCAGGAAAGUAGCUAUGAGAAAGCCAUGCAGCGUGGCUCACUGCCCAGUGAGAAAACAAAUUAUGGCAUUUGAUAUUUUUUUUUUCUACAAUGAAUGAAAGCCCCUGAUCCUGCUGAGUUGUGACUAAAUCUGUUGGGAGCAUGGGGCUUUCAAAAUUCAGAUAGAGCACCCAGUUCUUGCUGCCCCAUCUUUAAAGAGCACCUGUGCGUGUGUGUGUGUGUGUGUGUGUGUGUGUGUGUGUGCGCGCGCGCGCGUGGAGGAGACCAUAGGCUACAGUAUUUGUUUAAUCAUCCCCCAGAACUUUCAAGGUAUCUGUCCUGAAAGCUGCUAAUUUAUGGACUAGUAAAUUUAUAUUAUAUGCAGAUAAUAACAAACUGGGGGAUAAAUGAACAGGAAGGGUGACACAUGUAAACCGGAAGUGUCUCCAGUAGCAGCCCAGACGGCCUCCUCACCUGUGCUUGUAGGAGUCAGUGCUGGAACGUUUUGCUCACAUUAGAUCAUUUUGCUGCAGACUCACUGGCUCAGGUGCAUUAGUUCUCAUCUGAAUGUCAGGCUUUGGCUUUAUACUACAAAAGAAUGGUUUUUUUUUUUGUCUUUUAUAUGCUAUGCCAUGAUAAUGCCAUGAUAAUCACAACUCAUUGGCAGUUGCAUAUUCAAAUAAUUUUCUUUGACUUGGAUUUACUAUAAAGUUACCUUUCCUUAAGGUUUUCACUUUUAUUAAACCUUAUUUCUCUGUUACUUGUGAAAUAUAAUACUGCAUUUUAUAAUGCCGUAUUUCUCUAAAUUUAAUCUCUAUAAUGGUAGUGUGGCUUGCUAAUUUGGCGUUGUGUCUUUAUUCUUUGCCUAUCAUGUUGUACGGCAAGUUUUGUUUCAGUUCCUAAAACAGUGGCUCCCGGGAGAUAAGUUCUCACCAUAACCAGAAGAGUCUUCUGCAUUGAGGAUCGGCAUGCUCCAUGUACUAGCAUGGAUCCUUUAGUACCUGGCACAGCACUUUACCCUUCUGGCAGGCUCACUGAGUAUCUCGUAUAAAUCUUCUGUGUCAGUAGCAUUUUUUCAUUAUUACAUUUUCAACAUAGAACACUGAGUUUUUCUCAUGCUAAGUGUUUAUUUUGAAAGUUUGCUCGAUAAGCUCCAGAUGAAAACAGUAGUGCAUAAUUCUUCGUGUCCAUUAUUCGAUUUCUCAUUUUUGAGACUUCGAGGGGCCAAGAUUGAUACUGUUUCUCUAAUUGUUCUGGACGGCUGUUGCCUAUUGAAAUAGGAACCUCUGCUUAUGUUCAUAGCCACUCCGUGUUUCCUGUUAGUAGGGUUACCUUCUCCGUGUAAAACUAAAGCCAAAUUAUUUGGCCACAGUAUUAAAAGUGAUCAUUUAUCUUUCAAAUAUUGAUACAAAACCGUAUUUAAAAUUCUCUACAACAAAAUGUAUUCUUUUCAAGGAACGCUAGAUACUUAAUGUGUAAUUUGCCAUACCCGUCAAUCAUUGUCUUUUGUUCCCUUGCAUUUUUAAGUUUGUAUGUAGUUACUCUUUUGCUUUUGGGUAUGUUUUCUAAUUAAUACAAUCACACUAGAAAUAUAAUCUGUAUAGUGAUACCUUAAUGAGCACGUACUCAAUAAACACCUGCAAUGAUGACA